AUGUCAGUGAUUGCAAUUUUUGUUCUGCUACUUAUUGCGGCUUUCGCGUAUCUCAAUUUUGCCAAGCUUCGACAUGAGGUUGAUGCGACCAAGUCAGAGAGUGUCAUACAAUCUACCGCUGGGAUAGAAAAGACUGCACCAAAAAAAUUCGAAGAACCGUCAGCACCUGUUGAAUCAUCACUCCCACCUCCCGCAUCCCUUUCUCUAUCGCCAUUGCCACCAACUCCAUCAUUAGCAUCUGAACCGCCACCACCGGUACCACUACCACCACCACCAUUACCACCACCACCGCUACUGCCACAGUCGUCAUCGCCAAUACCCGAACAGCCACCGUCACUAUCCUCAUCACCAGUGCCUGAACCACCACCACCAUCUCCAUCUUCACCUGCUCUUACUGAAUCUCCGGCAGGAGCUUUAUCGCUACCAUCUCUAUCUUCUACUCCAGGAUCGGCAGGGCCUGAGCUAUCAAAAACAUCAGGCCAACUGCCUCAACCAGAAAUUCCGAUUAUGUCACCGACAACUACAGAAACCGCAAAGACACCAGAAGUUCCGACUGCAUCACCAACUACGCGUACUGCAAAGGAAUUAAUGUUAUCUAAGCCGGUUGUGUCAGCAAACAGUUCACAAAGCGGAACGAUGACAGCGGGUGGGACACUAUCGACGGAUUCCAGCGCUCCAUCUGUAGAGUCCAAAGAUAAUGAUAAGCUUAAGAAAAAGAAGAAAAGCAAGAAAAAGAAAGGAUCCAAAAAAGGCAAAAAGAAGGUAUGA